AUGGAAGACCAUCGAAAAAAUGAAAACGAAGCCAUAAAAAAUGGAGAUUAUCUUACAGCUUGGUCAGAAUAUACUCUUGGAAUUGCAAAGAAUCCGAAAGAUACAGUUUUAUGGUGUAAUCGAGCCCUUUAUUGUCUCAAAGCUGGUCACCCAGAAUUGGCACAACGAGCACAAAACCUUUUAAAGAACUGUCAAGAAGCGUCACAACAAAUACUCCUUUGCAAAGCGAAAUAUCGUUAUGCUGAAGGGUUGGCCGCGAUAAGAGAUUAUGAAGAGGCGAUUAAUACCCAAAAGUUUUUUACUUUUCGUGGGAGUUAUCCUUGGGACUCUCGACCAAGCAAACGAACAUCCCCAGACACUUUGAAAAAACUUCAAGAACAUCUUGAAUUUCUUACAACGAGUCAACAAACUCUUGAAAAACUCUCUAAAAUAAUGAAAUUUCAAUUUCGCAGUCAAAAUAAAGAUAAUACUAUUUUACGCGUAGUAGAAGUCAAAUUUGAUGAUUCUUCGGUCAAUCUAAAUACACCGAUAUUUCAAGAGGAACAUUUCCUUAGAGCUCAUGAUUAUCAAAAGCAACGUUGUAAUUAUUGCCUUGUAGAACUUGAAGGCAAGGAACAACAUCCAUGUGAGAAUCCUCAAUAUCUUACAACCAAUUCGAUACAAAAUGUUAGGAGUAACAGGAUUUAUGACCCGUUUGUCACUGGUAAUGCAGUUAAACCAUGGAUUUCAAAGUAUUAUUACACCGAAAGAGAUAUCAAAAAAGGAGAGCAAUUAUUUAUUGAAUAUAUUGAAGGAAGCAUUAGUAAAGCUGAACGACAGGUUAGAUUGCUUGGAGGAUAUGGUUUUAUAUGUAAAUGUAACAAAUGUCAACGUGAAGAUUAA